GUUGAGAUAGACAGCAGACUGUUUAGGAACAGUGAGUCAAGCUGUGGAGGAGAGGAGAUCAUUCAGGAUGCCAGAGCCAGUCAAAAAAGCAGUUUCAGCAUUUACCAAGAAACCAAAGACUCAGGAGGCAGGAGAGGGGUCCUCUGUGGUCUUUGAAGCAGAGACCGAGAAGCCCGACGCUAAAGUAAAAUGGCAGUGCAACACAAAGGACAUUGCCAGUGGCAACAAAUACGUGAUCGCAGCAGAUGGAAACAAGCACUCCCUCACUAUACAGGCUAUUACCAAGGAAGAUGCCAAUGUCUAUGCAGUGAUUGCUGGGGGGUCAAAGGUCAAGUUUGAGCUGAAGGUUGUAUCAAAUCCAGAAGCUCCAGUUGAGGUCCCCACUGAUGGACCCAAGGAGUCCAGUAGACAGCCAGAACCAAGCCCUGCUCCACCUGCAGCCCAAGAUGCUCCUCCAACUGAGGAUGGACAGCUGCCAGACACCAGACAGGACCUGACUGGACUCUUCACAGAGAAACCCAAGAGUGGAGAGGUCACUGUGGGUGAAAAUAUCACGUUUGUGGCUAAAGUGAAUGCUGAAUCACUGCUGAAGAAACCCACCGUCAAAUGGUUCAAAGGGAAGUGGAUGGACCUCGCCAGCAAGUCUGGGAAACACCUGCAGCUGAAAGAGUCGUUUGACCGCAACACUAAGGUCCAUACAUUUGAGAUGCACGUCAUCGAAGCCAAGCCUAACUUUGCUGGAGGUUACAGAUGUGAGGUUUCAUCCAGGGACAAGUUUGACAGCUGUAAUUUUGAAUUGACUGUACAUGAGGCCUGUGCUGUUGAAGGCUUUGACAUAAGAGCAGCUUUUAGGCGCACGAGUGAAGCCGGUAAGAAGAGAAGUGGACCACCACCAAGUAGUACAGAUGGAAAAGAUGACUCGGGAGAGCUGGAUUUCAGUACCUUAUUAAAAAAGAGAGACAGUUUCUUAAAACCCAGCAAUCGAGCCGUGCAGAUGAGCACCGAGCCUGACGUUGAUGUAUGGGAUAUCCUCAGAAGCGCUCCUCCAUCAGAAUAUCAGAAGAUCGCUUUUCAGUACGGCAUCACCGACCUGAGAGGUAUGCUCAAGAGACUGAAGAAGAUGAAGAAGGAAGAGAAGAAAAGCGCAGCUUUCCUUAAAAAGUUGGAUCCUGCUUACCAAGUGACAAAGGGACAUAAAAUAAAACUGGCCAUCGAGGUGGCCAAUGCAGAUGCUGAGGUGAAAUGGCUGAAGAAUGGACAAGAAUUUCACCCAACUGGAAGCAAGUACAUCUUUGAGAGUGUUGGCAACAUGCGCUACCUCACUAUCAACAACUGCUCCUUGGCAGAUGAUGCAGCAUAUUGCUGUGUGGUGGGAGAUGAGAAAUGCACCACUGAGCUCUUUGUUAAAGAGCCUCCGAUCCUCAUUGUGAAGAAUCUGGAGGAUCAAAUGGUGAUGAAGGGUGAGCGGGUGGAGUUAGAGUGUGAAGUCUCAGAGGAAGGAGCCAAUGUUAAAUGGGAGAAAGACGGCGUGGAAUUGACAAGAGACGAGUCAUUCAAGUAUCGCUUCAAGAAAGACGGCUGCAAACACAUCCUGAUCAUCAACGAGGCCUCAAAGGAAGACUGCGGCCACUACAAGGUUAAAACGAAUGGUGGCGAGUCUAUGGCUGAACUCCUGGUGCAGGAGAAACAACUGGAGGUCUACCAGAGCAUCGCCGACCUCACAGUGAAGGCGAAGGAUCAGGCGGUCUUUAAGUGUGAGGUGUCGGAUGAGAACGUGAAGGGAACCUGGUACAAGAACGGUGUAGAAGUCAAAUCUGACGCCAGAGUAAACAUCACACAUAUUGGCAGGAUCCACAAACUGACCAUUGAUGAUGUGAAACCAGAGGAUGAGGGAGACUACACUUUUGUACCAGAUGGCCAUGCUUUCAACCUGUCUGCUAAACUCAAUUUCAUGGAGGUGAAGAUCGAUUACGUGCCACGUCAAGAUCCUCCUAAGAUCCACCUGGACUGUAUGAGCUGCACCACAGAGUCAACCAUCAUUGUGGUAGCCGGCAACAAACUCCGUCUGGAUGUUCCUAUCACUGGAGACCCAGCUCCCACAGUGGUCUGGACCAAAGGAGAGAAGGCUAGUUCUGUAAAACCUGAUGGAGAGGAGAAAGAAGGGCCGACAUCCUCAUGGACGGUGAAGGAUGGGAAAGUCAUCUCAGAGGGAGACAGCAGGGUCCAUGUCGAAACCUCCAAAGGACACUGCAUCUUCACCAUCGAGGGGGCCGAGCGCCAGGAUGAGGGGAUCUACUCUGUUGUGGUUCGAAACCCUGCUGGAGAAGACACUGCAGAUAUCAAUGUUAAAGUUGUCGAUGUUCCAGAUCCACCCCAGAAUCUCAAAAUCCUCAGCGUGGGCGAGGACUCUUGUGUAGCCCAGUGGGAUCCCCCUUCGUUUGAUGGCGGACAGCCAAUUAUUGGCUACGUACUGGAAAGAAAGAAGACGAGGAGCUACAGGUGGAUGAGGCUGAACUUUGACCCUUAUCCUGAUACGACCUAUGAAGCCAAGCGUAUGAUUGAAGGAAUGGCGUACGAGAUGCGAGUCUAUGCUGUCAACAGCAUUGGCAUGUCUCGUCACAGUCCAGCCUCGCAGCCUUUCGUGCCAGUCGCCCCUACAAGUGCGCCCAUCGGACUAUGCGUCGACGACAUCAACGACACUUCCAUCUCGCUGAAGUGGCGUCGGCCUGAGAAGAUUGGCGCAGCUGAACUCGAGGGUUAUGGGGUUGAGUACUGCAAGGAGGGCACUGACGAAUGGAUACCAGCCAUCAAAGGUCUGACUGAGAGGACAUCGCUGACGAUCAAAGAUCUUAACACCGGAGACAAGCUGCAGUUCCGUGUGCGAGCCUACAACAUGGCAGGACCCAGCGCCCCCAUUACUCUGGGUCAAUUUGUCACCAUCAGAGAGAUAAUGCAACGACCUAAAAUUUGGCUUCCCAGAAGUCUCCGCCAGACUCUCAUAAGGAAAGUUGGAGAAACUGUAAACCUUGUGAUCCCAUUCCAGGGUAAACCCAGGCCAAAGGUGACGUGGAGCAAAGACGGGGAGCCUCUAGCCGCCACAUUCGCUAACGUGAGGAACAGUGAACUGGAUACGAUCCUCUUCAUCCGCAACACAGACAGAAAACACUCGGGGAAGUAUGAUCUCCAGGUACAGAUUGAGAAUGUGGAAGACUCAGCAAGCGUCAUGCUGCAGGUUGUUGAUCUCCCCGGGCCACCUGAGGCUCUGAAGAUCAUGGAUAUCUGGGGCUUCAAUGUAGCACUUGAGUGGAAGCCGCCUAAGGACAACGGCAACUGUGAAAUAAUUGGUUACGCCAUUCAGAAAGCUGACAAGAAGACAAUGGAGUGGUAUACAGUCUACGAUCAGUACAGGCGAACCAACUGCGUUGUGUCUGACCUCAUCAUGGGGAAUGAGUACGUCUUCCGAGUGUAUUCCAUGAACCUGGUGGGCCUCAGCCAGGAGCCCUGCAACACAAAAGACAGCGCUUACAUCCAGAAGUCAGGUAUCGACUACAAGCAUCCAGGCCACAAAGAACAUGACUUCUCAGAGGCUCCCAAGUUCACACAUCCUUUGGUGAACCGCUCAGUCAUAGCAGGAUACAACGCCACCCUCAGCUGCUCCGUCAGAGGCAUACCAAAGCCCAAAGUCACCUGGUACAAAAACAAGAUGGACAUCUCAAAUGAAGCCAAGUACCGGAUGCUCAGUAAGCAAGGUGUUCUGACACUGGAGAUCCGUAAACCGUGUCUGUUUGAUGGGGGAGUGUAUACGUGCAAAGCAGUGAACGCCAGCGGAGAAGACGUAGUGGAGUGUAAACUGGAGGUUCGCCCGCAAAUUGUGAAAGAAGAAAAGAAAGACGAAAAGAAGUGAGAGUUUUGAGUUGCUGACUGAAGAGAAGAUUGAUUCUUGUCUCCUGUGGUUCCUGCAUGUUGACUGUUUUGUGUCACGAGAAACUCUUCAGGCUGGCUCACAAACGUGUUUAACGCACAUCCGUUCUUGUUUUUGCACCACUGUCUUCUGCAAUCAUCUUGCAUCUGUUACAUACUAUUACGAUUACGGAAGUGACUGGGGCUCAUGCUUGAAUUUGCUGUUCAUUAAUAGGGAAGUAUUUAUGUUUCAUUGUUUGAUAAGUAACUCAUGGUUUUACACUCUAUUCUACAGAUACUACAGAGUAGAGAUAAAUGGAUAACAUUCAAAGAAAGCAGCAAUAUUUAUGAAAUUAUUUUAUUUGUGAUUUGUCAUCUUGUUUCUCACGUUUCAUCUGAAAGAAAGGAAUGAAUUAGUGUUUUGAUUUGUUUGUGUGCAUACAAAGGUCAAUAUAAAUACUUCAAAAACA